AUGUUAUAUCAUAUUUCAUUACAUGUGACGAACACCGGAGAUAUCCUUUGUGAAUUAUACGAACCGUCAACUAGCAAAGAAUUUCGUGCCGAGAUUCGUGGCUUUAUUCUACAACUUAUCCAAAAUCCAUUGAUAUUUACAUCUUAUGGCUUUUUUGAUCUUGAUCAUACAUUGAUACGUAAUGUGAUCGGUACCGUUAUAACUUAUCUUGUUAUUCUCAUUCAAGUUGAGAAUGUCUCAUUUCAACGGUCCGUUAUGCCAUUGAUUAUAACAAAUUCAAUUAUUUGCACCGGCUUAUUAGAAUAUUUCGUUGAUCGAAUGAUUCGUACAAUUGGUUUUAUUUAUAUCGUUUGUUGUAUAGUUUAUUACAGUAUCUUAUUUUAUACAUUUAAGGAUAUAUUGGAUAUUUUUAAGGAGUCUCAAGAGUCAGAUAUAGAAAAAAUAAUGUCCACGUUUACGUUUAUUCAAAAUGCCUUUCUCUACGUCAUGACAAUUUUCUUUGGUUUAAAAAGAAGAAAGCAAAUAAAAUUAUUCCUAGGACAAAUUGAGACUUGUAUACGAGGAAUUUAUGAACUGAACUUAUCGAACAAUUAUUCUUCUUUCUUUCGAUAUCAGUGUAUCACAGGCUUAUUUGUCAUUUUCUUUAUAUCAGGUUUAAUUAUUGACGAUAUAUUUUGGUAUUCGGAUGUCAACUUAUCAUUGGACUACAGUUUAAUAUUACAUUUUUAUUAUUUCGACAAUUAUCCUGCCAUCGUAAUUAUGAUUACAAAUCUUACUUUUAUCUUUUGGAUAAGAUAUGUAACGAUCAUAUUUGGUCAAUUGAAUACUGUACUCCAAAGUAUGCUGACAACAAAUAUCGAUUCUCCACAACAUAAGAGAAUCCUGCGAAUAAAUGAUAACCAGGAAGAUAAUCCUUCAUUAUCUACAAUUUAUCGAACUUACAAAGUGAAUGAAAAUCUUAGGAAAUUGAAGAUUGUCAGACAAAUCCAUUUGAAAUUGAUAAAAUGUGCCAGAAUUAUAAAUGAAGCUUAUGGAUUACAACUUCUUAUGUUCACGAUAAUACACGUUGUAUAUACCAGUACACUCUUGCACGGUCUAUAUGUCGCCUUAAUUAUAGACAAACAUCACUCUUGGAUAAGGGAAUUCUACAUUCUUUGCGAAUUAUAUGAACCUUCGGCCAGCCAAUUAUUUCGCGAUGAAAUUCGUUAUUUUACAUUUCAAUUAAUCCAAAAUCGUUUGACGUUUACCGCCUGCGGAUUUUACGAUCUAGGUUAUACAUUUAUAUAUAGCAUGGUAGGUUCGAUUACUACUUAUCUCGUUAUACUUAUUCAAGUCGGAGGUAAACCUAAAGUACUCUUCAACAAUACAAACUAUAAUUCCACAUCGAUGAUGCUGAAAAUACCAGUGAAAUUAUUCACAUAUUUUAUUUUUACAUUGUUAGUAUUACAACAAAAAUCUGAAAUAAAUCUAAGAUCUAUAUAA